AUGGUGCAACUGGAAGAGGAGGGCGAAAAUGAACACAAGGGUGCCAAUUUUUUCAUCAAUGACAAUAUUGACGUGCUGAUAGAGAUAUUGCAAAGGCUGCAUGGCGGCUCCUUAGGGGUUGCUGCAUGUGUUUGUAGACUCUGGUGCUCCAUCACUAGGAACGACUCUCUCUGGGAACACCUCUGCUUCCGCCAUGUGUCGCUGCCUCCGGAUGGUGUAAAGAUGGUGGUGUUGGCUCUAGGAGGGUACCGGAGACUGGUGUUUUUGGGUUGUGGUAGCGGUGGUGGAAGCAGCGGAGGAAGACUCAGAGGUGGAGGUAGCGGUGGCGCUGCAACAACAUCGUUGCUUAUGUUCCUUUGCAAUGCCGUGAACGUUUGA